AUGUCAGCGAUUGCACCUAUUACCGGGAGCCUCAAGAAGCGGAUUAUGAAAGAUAUCGCCGUCGGGAUGGGCCUGGGCACGGUGCUGGGCAGCUACUGGUGGUGGGGCUUCCACAAGCCCAAGAUUGCCGCGCGGGAGAACUACUACACACAGCUGGCGGAGCAGAAGGCGGCGGAAGAGUAG